AUGGUGAGGUUUAUAGUUGAACAACGUGUAACCAUAGUGAAAAUGCACUCCAAGUGCAGAGACUGUGUCGCUGAAACGUUGCAAAAGUUUCGUACGAAACAAUGCGCCAUCGCGAGCGACUGUAACUCGUUUGUUAGAACAAUUCGAGAAAACUGGCUCAGUUGUAGACAUGAAAGCUACCCAUCAGAGGACCAUUCGAUCGCCAGCAAACGUAGUCAUAGUGCAAGACAGUGUUCAAGUGAGUCCGCAUAA